GUCGCCAUAGAAGUGAGUCGACACUUUGGAUUGUAAGAAAAUUUUCUUUUUAUCUUAGUCCUUAAACCACUGAAAAAAAAAUUCAAGGUGCCGUAACAAGUAUGCCUCUCCCGUUAUUGUUCGCAAUGAAGUUUUUGGCAAUUGCGUUUUUACCGACGCCAUCCGACGGUUCAGCAGACCCUUGCGAUUCCUACAGCACAUUGAAUGACCCUUAUCGAAGCACUGGAUAUGUUGCAACGCCUGGUAAAGAUCCAAUGAUUUGCGACAAUCAACUCUCUACUGGAUGGUAUCGUUUUACAAAUUCGGUUGGUGGAAAAAUGCCCGAGACCAAGAUUUCCAAAUAUCAGUGUGGGACGUAUGCUCCAAUUUGGAUGAUGCCCCCUCAUCCGGCCACAGCAGAUGGCGUCGUUGAUCGAACAGCUUGCGUAAACUUCAAUGAAAUGAAUUCUGGCUGCUUACAGCUUGCUAUUAAAGUGAAAAACUGCAAUAACUCAUAUUUUGUUUACCAUCUUACGGCAACUUUUGGCUGCCCAAUGGCAUUUUGCGCAGGGACAGCAAAACCAUGCCCAAGAGGUCAAACGGGUCUGUUUCCAAACUGCACAGUUUGGAUAAAAAAGGAUUUUCCAUUUGCUGAAAUACCUGUUCCAAACAUCAGCUACGUCGCACUACAGAGUGGUGAAUUCACUGACGAAAAACCAAAACUCAACUGUUCUUUUAACUUCUCAACUCGGAAAAACGUUUCCUUUUACAUUCAGUGGUUUAUUAGCGGCGAAGUUGUCUUAAAUGAGACAAUUUGUGAGAGUCCUGAGGACUCCUGCAACCUCAGGUAUUCUCUCCUGUUUCAAUCGAAGUACAGCCUUGGAGAUACGCUUCGAUGCGACUUAUGGGCGAAGUACAACACCCAUCCUGACAACAUUUGGACUAAUCCGGUAUCAAGCCAAUUGUUUUUUGCUGGAAUUGAAAUCGAGCCAGCCGAGUUGAGUGUCACGCAGUGUGACGUGGGGAACGUCCUCCACAGAAUACAGCUAAAACCGAAUCUCCCUAUUCGCCAAGGCAGUAUUAAAGUGAAAUUUGGUACGAAAGAUUUCUUCCAAGACGUGUUAAUGAAUACCUGUGAACUAACCUUGGUACUUGGUGACGAACAACAAUGGCAUAACAUAUCAGUUCAAGUGGCGUGUGACAACACAAACGAACCAUUGGCGCCGUCUGCCUUCACGUUCACGGUGGCUGAUACCGUAUCAGUAUUAAACGCUUUCUGGCUCAAAUACGAACUCCCAUCGGUCCUGAUCACCAAGGUAGAGAAUCCUGUUAAGAUCUGUUGGGCUACAGGGGACCCGCAUUAUUACACUUUUGAUAAGAGGUAUUAUGAUUUUUACCGGCCCGGAGACUUCGUUCUGUAUCAAAGCAAAUAUCGUAAUUUUGAGGUUCACACAAGACUUUGGCAUUGCGGGCGAACUGUAACUUGCAACUGUGGUGUAGCUAUCCGGGAACUCCGUGACGUCAUUGUGCUUAGCUCCUGCACAGAGGACUUACAGUAUAAUUAUGGGAUGCCAAUGAAAGUAGAGAUAACAAGUCCAGGUCGACUGAUGAGAGGUACCAAGAUCCUCGUGGGGCAACGUGGGGGAUAUACCGAAUAUGUGGUCCGCCUUCCCUCUGGUACUGUGGUGAGAAUAAAGCGAUAUUCCUGGGGAAAUAAUGUAGAGAUGGAAGCACCUCAAUUCGACGAAGGCAAAACCCUGGGCAUGUGCGGAAACUUCGACGGUGAUCCAAACAACGAUUUUGAACAAGGUGGAGACAAGCAAUCCUAUGGAGACGCUGACUCCUUCGGCGAGAGCUGGAGGGUGAAUAAAUCAACAAGUCUAUUCAAUGUGGUGCCCCCUUGCAAUGACGCCAUGUGUGAUAGCACAGAGUCGCAGCUGAAUAUGGACCGUUGUACUUGUCAAAAAAACAGUCUCGGUGACGACAUAAACGUUAACUGCAGUCUAGAAAUAAUGAGUUUUAAUGGUUUACCAGGUUCGGAAUAUGAGGACAGGACAAAUGCGGCUGAGGAUGCAGCUCGAAAAAAAAGAGAUCUUGCUUACAGCGAUGACAUCAUAUACCUGUACGACAACGAGAAAUCAAGUCCCAGCGUGUUUAGAAAACGCGAAAAACGUGCCAUUCACACUGACCUCUCAUUGGAAAAUGCAACUGAAUAUUGUAGAAAAAGAGUUUUGGAAACUACUGCGGCUAAAAUUUGCGUCGAACUCACUGGAGUCAAUGCAAGUAGUGCCAUCGAGGCUUGUGCGGCAGAUUUACAUUUGACUGGCGAUUUUGAAUGGGUGGAGUCUGCCUUCGAAAGUCUGAAAUCAAGUUGUGCAUUCGAAGCCGUAUCAAAUUUUUCUGCCUAUGAAAAAGACGAAGAAGGAAAUUUCGUCCCACCAAUGAAAAUAGCCCAGAAUUUAUGCCCAGGAAAUUGCAACUCCAAUGGUAACUGCAUUAAUGGGACCUGCGUUUGUAACGAAGGGUUUAUAUCUGCCGACUGUUCACUAAGAUUUGAUGAGAUUCCUCGACUGUUCAGGUACGAAAAAUCAUUACCUCAACUUUGUUCUACAGCUGACGAUGCCUUUGAUGUUCGCGAGUCUAUCAGGUAACAUUAAAGUGAAAUCGGUACUUUAGCAGAAGCAAAGAUGUGAAUAGAGGCAUAACUACGAGCAAAAUAAGUCGAGAAAGCUUCAGUUAUUUGAGUUAUUUUACACAUCGUUUUCCGCCCCCUUAAGAGCGGCCGUCCGUAAAUAUCGCCCGGAGGUGUGCGAU